UUGCAUUCAGAUUCAUUACUGAUGGCUAAAGCUACUACAGGAAAAAAAAUGUUUCUCUGAUCAUCUUGUAGGUCAGGUUUUCAUUACGUGUUGUAUGCUAUGUUUCAGACAAAUCUGUGUCUUAAAGUAGCAAAAUAGAACAGGUGAACUGCUCUUUUCCUGUUCAAGCUAAAAUGCUAUUAUAUUCACUUCCAUUUAUUUAUUUAUUUUUGUCCUGCAACAGGGUGGGGUAUCUAGCAGGAUGCCUGGUUCGUGCACUGAAGGAGAGACAACCAGAAUUGGAUAUAACCCAACGAGACAUCCUCUGUGUAGAAAUUGCGGGUCUUUGUCAUGAUUUGGGUCACGGACCAUUUUCACACAUGUUUGAUGGAAGAUUUAUUCCACUUGCUCGUGAAGGUUUGAAGUGGAAGCACGAAACUGCUUCUGUUGAAAUGUUUGAGCACUUAAUCACAUCCAAUAGACUAGAAGAAGUCAUGAAGUCAUAUGGUCUUGUCCUGGAAGAAGAUAUGACCUUCAUCAAGGAACAAAUAGGAGGGCCUAUGGAUGAAAACAUUUGUGAGAAAUCGUGGCCCUACCGUGGUCGGCAAAAGGAGAAGAGUUUCCUGUAUGAGAUAGUAGCUAACAAAAAAAAUGGCAUUGAUGUUGACAAAUGGGAUUAUUUUGCAAGGGAUUGCCAUCAUCUAGGAAUCCAGAAUAAUUUUGAUUAUAGGCGGUUAAUUAAAUUCACUCGGGUCUGUGAAGUAGAAAACCAGAAGCAUAUCUGUGCCCGUGACAAGGAAGUUGGAAAUUUGUAUGAUAUGUUCCACACACGGAAUUGCCUGCAUCGACGAGCAUACCAGCAUAAGAUUGGCAAUAUCAUUGAAAUAAUGAUUACAGAAGCCUUUCAAAAAGCAGACCGUUUUUUUGAAAUAGAAGGCUCUAAAGGAAAAUUGUACCGGAUUUCUACAGCAAUGGAAGACAUGGAAGCCUACACUAAGCUAACUGAUAAUAUCUACCUGGAAAUUCUGCACUCAAGUCGUCCAGAACUGAAAGAGGCACGAGAAAUUUUGCGUAAAAUUGAACGGCGUGAAUUAUACAAGUUUCUAGGAGAGACUCAACCUGAAAAAGUGAAUGAAAUUCCAAAGGAUGAAUAUGAUGGCCUGGCAGAUGACAUCGCUAAUUCCAAGCCAGAAAAGAAUCCUCCAAAUGUGGAUCUAAAGGCUGAAGACUUUGUAGUUGAUGUUAUCAAUAUGGAUUAUGGAAUGAAAGAUCAGAAUCCCAUUGAUAAUGUUCUCUUCUAUUGCAAGGCUGAUCCUUCCAAGGCUGUCAACAUCAGUAAAGAACAGGUUUCAAGGCUUUUACCCAGGAUAUUUGCAGAACAGGUUAUUCGGGUUUAUUGCAGAAAUCUGGAUCCAAAUAUUGUUUCAGCUGCAAAACAGUAUUUCGUUCAGUGGUGUAUAAAGAGGGAUUUCACCAAACCACAGGAUGGUGAUGUGAUUGCCCCUCAUCUAACUCCAAUGAAACAAAGCUGGAAUAACAAAAGUGGGGAUGAAUUCAAGACAGCUUCAGAACCGAGUUGCAAGCAAAGGCUUUCUUUCAAUAAGUAACACUUCUCCUUUUUGCACUAUUCAACCAUUUUCUUCAGAAGAUGGUUGACCCUGAGUGGCAACUCUUUUAAAAUGCAAUCUGAUGCUCUGUAAAAAAUGUAUAGAACAAUGCAGCACUGCAUUUUACAAUACAGUAUGUUUUUAUGUAGACACUUAAACUAAGUGCAUAUUCAGAAUGGACUUCUACAAAAUUAACAAAUAAUCUGUUAUAGCAGAGCAAACUCAAUUCUCAUUUAUUUUUGAAUGUAAUGGCACUGUUGCAGCAAGAGUAAAUUAUUUUUUUUCAAAACAAACAAACAAACUUCAUAAUUACAAGAAGUACUGAAAAUGUGUUACUGUUCCUUCUAGUCCUGAUCUUAAGGUAAUUGUGAUGUUACUUGAGCUAGUAGAAAAACUUCUAGCUCUCUUUAAACUUCAUUUUGAAAAAAAUAAAAAGAGGUGGGAGAAGAAUCUUUUUAAUAACCAAAGAUUACUUUCCUGGUAUUGAAAAAGCUGAUGAAGAUGCAGGCCUCUUGCUGUAAAAGUGACCGUGCAGCUUUUAUUGAAGUAACAAUGCAUUGCCCUGACAUGCAGCAUUUUAUUGUUUUUAUAGUGUAUUUUUGAUACAUUGAAUAUUACAUUUUUACUGCUACACUGAACUGCAAAAACUGCUCAAAACUUCCAUUAUUGGAGUGCUUGCAGGAAAGCAGAGCUACUUGAAUGUUUGUCAAUGUAUGUGGUCAUGCACACAGUUCUUACAUGGUUAGUGAGUCUCAUUAUGAUGCUGCACGGUGCACCUCUGCUAGAGCAGAGCCACAAGUGCACAUUGUUUCUGCAUUUCACUGUACUAGAUAGACAGGCUCUUCAGGAAUCCUUUAGUUAUUGUAUCCCUUCCCUAUAUUUCCUGGCUCUGUGAUUGCUGUUCCUGUGUAUAUUUCUCAUCCAUGUAGAACUGUAAGAGUUCUUACAAUUUUCCUUAUGGGCAAACUAAUGUGAAUGUUACUAAAUGUCCUAUUGGAAAAGCAAACUAGGAAGACUUUUUCCCUUUUGUUUUUUACUCAGGUCUAAGAUGUUCUAUUUGAAGGCUGCUUUCAUUAAAUAAAACCUAAAAGCUUGAAAAGCCUACCCUCAACAUUAAAAAUACAAAGCAAAGGUUCUGUAAUGCUCAGAAAUUGGAACAAGCUUUGGAUGUUUAUAUCUGAAAUGAGAAAAUACAAGUUCAGCAUUCAAUUUUAACAGCCAAGCUUUUGAAACUAACACAGUGGGAAGCCACUGUGUAAGAAAACUGUAUAACUUUUCAUAUCUGAAUGUUUCCUUUGUCUUUUUGUAUCAUGGAAACUGAUAGCAAUUAGGCAGGAGGUAAGAAUGAGUGUUCACCUAUUUUACAGAUUUGCUUUGAAAUAAUCAGAAGCUGUUCUGCGCUCUGCUGCUUAUGAACCUGUGCCCAUGUGUUUAAUGGUGAUGCAGCAUAGCCUCUGCUGUUCAUAUUUUUAACAGUAUUUCAGAUCUGCAGUGUACCAGGUAGCUAUUAGGAGGUGUCUUGACUUUCUUAAAAGCUUUUAAAAAAUGUAUUAUGCUUCAAGAAAUAACAUCAUAGAGUGAAGGCAUUUGUCUCCAUUAUCCACAUGAAAUCAAGUAUUGUUCAGACUAAUGUAAUUUUAUUAUGGCUGCUUGGGUUUGUUUUGAUGCUGUUAUAAAAGGUGCACUUUAUAUUUGGGAAAAGCUUUUUGCUCAUAUUUAAGCAAAAACUUGUACUUAAGUCUAUCAGAUAGUAAGUUCUGAGACAGAGCAUUUCGUUUUCUCAAACACAUUAAUCUGAGCCUUUCUGUACUAAAAUAAAUGUAUAAGAAAUGAUUUUAAUAUUCUUUUAA